GGUUAUCAGACGCACUGGAGCCCCCUUGAGCAUUUCUGAAAUUAAUGUCAGAAUGACGAAUAUGAUGAAGGGCUGCGAUGAAUAUUUCAUGUAUGACCCAUAUGAGGGAAAGAGAGAGGGAGAGAGCGGGAGAGAUGCUGUGAGACGCUGUGCGCGCUUCGGCGGAGCCUGAGCUGCUGCUGCUGCUGCUGAUGCGGGGAGGCUGACAGACAGACAGAGGGAGGGUCUAUUCCACGCGUGGAUUAUUAUUGCUCUGCAUCGCGCUCUAUCCAUAAGGGAAGCACCCGAGGAGAAUCGGAAGAAACCGAAGCCCAGACCCGAAAAGAGCUGACGUGAGGAAGCACAGGGUGAUGACGGUGCCCUCGGCCCAUGAGUUUCAUUGGCAGAGCCUGGCGUGUCUGUCCAGCGCCCGCGUGUAUCAUUCAUUGGCUGAUGUCGGGGGGCAGCUGUAUAUGGUGGGGGGUUGCGACGCUUCGGGUCGACCCACCAGCGCUCUGGAGCUCUACUCCCCUGAGGUGGACCGCUGGCUCAGUCUUCCUCCGAUGCCCACGCCGAGAGCCGGGGCGGCCGUGGCUGUGUUAGGUAAGCAGCUGCUGGUGGUCGGGGGAAUGGGGAAGGACCAGCGCCCCCUGAAGGCAGUGGAGGUGUACAACACAGACGAAGGCAAAUGGAGGAAGAGGUGCUCGCUCAGAGAGGCAUCCAUGGGGCUUUCUGUCACCGUUAAAGACGGCAGAGCUCUUGCUGUUGGGGGAAUGGGAGCAGACCUCCUGCCUAGAAGUGUUCUCCAGCAGUACGACCUUCGCAAGGACGUGUGGGCGCUCCUUCCACCCAUGCCCACCCCGCGCUACGAUACCAGCAUCUGCCUACUGGGCUCCAAGAUCUACGUGGCAGGUGGACGUCAGUGUAAGCGUUUGGUGAAGGCGUUUGAAGUCUUCGACAUGGAAAGCCGCACUUGGUCCUCUCUACCCAGCCUGCCCUGCAAGAGAUCUUAUUCUGGGGUGUUAUGGGACAAUGCCGGGAGUCUCUGCUGGUUAGGAGGGCUCAGACAAGGAGGAAUACACCAAAGUUCAAAGUUUACCAAGAAUGUUAACAUCUUCGACACCAACCAAGGAACUUGGUUGAAAUCAGAGGACACCGUACCCUUGAAGACCAAGCGAGCAGACUUUGCCGCAGCCAUCGUGCGAGGCAGAAUGAUAGUGGCGGGAGGUCUAGGCCAUCAGCCUUCAGUGCUGGACACUGUCGAAGCCUUCCAUCCUGAAAAAAGAAAAUGGGAAAGGCUGUCUCCCAUGGCAACGCCACGUUGCUCAGCCUCCAGCAUUGUGAUCCGUGAUCGCCUGCUGGUAGUAGGAGGUGUCAAUCAAGUCCCAAGCUCCGCCCAUGAGAUUCUAUAUGUGAAAGAGGAGGAGAUUCUUUAACCAUAGAACUUAACCACUUACACAUAAGAAAAAGUUGCCUUCGAUGAUCAAGUAAAACACUAAUUUUCACACUAAAAGGUGCGGUCACAAUUACCACUGCAGGUAAACCCAGUCUGUGCGAUUGGGGGGUUCUCAAUUCAGUUUUUGCUCAUGUUCAAGUUAGUCACGCAAAUCCGUUGCACUGAGCAAAAGUGACUUCAAAAUUUUGCGGGGAAAAUUGGCACAACUGACACUUCGCAAAGACCCGUCCCCCCUUGAUUAGUGAAAAAUACAUUUGGAGCAAAAUGGACACUGACAGACAACGCAGAGCAGGUUACUUUUGGUAUGAAACAAAAGUCUCAACUUUCAAAUUUUGUAAUUUUUUUAAAACAUUCAAAUCAUAAAUACCAGUUAUGGCUCUUUAAUGAGUUGUGAGGGCUGUAGUGCCUUAGUUCAAGUGUCAUGUGAACCGUUCAUCUCUUCCUUUUUACUAGUUAUAGCACAAAAUAAACAUGAAUGAACAUCAAAAGAUAUUAUGUUUCAACCAUGGGAAGACGUCAAUACACACUAUUUUACAAGUUCAAGUCCACUGACAUUAAUUUACUCUCCUGUCUGGUUUAUUUGUCGGACAAAAUGAGAGAUUCUGUGUUAUAAUUGGUCAGAUCACCUGUCAGUCAAAACUCCCAGCCGAGGGUAAACUGAGAAUUUCGCAUUAUGGUGAAAAAAUUUUGAAUGCAGUUUUUGCUUUUGUUCAAGUUGGUCAAAGAAUUUGCCAAGCUGACCAACAGUAAGCUGCUUGCUUCCUGUGGCAAAUUCUCGCAACUAGGGAUGUCCGAUUUUACUUACUACAUAAACAGAGUAAGAAGAAAUGACUGACUGAUAGGACAAUGGCAAAUGAUUUGCAGAUCCUGAGCAACACUGACAAAUAUCUGAUCUUGUAAAUGUGCAUACGUAUUUUACGAGAUGGCUAUUCAUACUUCGUAUGACCUCGUAGAAUUGGGGAACUCGUAAAAUACAGACGAUUUAGCAAAAAUUGUACAAAUGUGUACAGCCUCGCUCGUAUGUAUUUUAUGAGGUGGCUAAUUCUUACAAAUUCAUAAAAUUUUGUACAAUUCGUCUAGACCCCAGUGACAGGUAGGUUUAUUGGCAGGUUUAGGUGCAGGUAAUUCGUUCGAAUUAAUACGAAUUGGGGAACUUGUAAAAUAUGUAAGAUUACCACACUUGUAUAAAUUUGUAUGAUUUUUGCUAACUAGUACGUAUUUUACGAGGUGCUAAUUCGUACAAAUUCGUACGACCUCACUCGUACAAUUUUGUAUGAUUUGUCUAGAUCCCAGUAACAGGUAGGUUUAGGGGGCAGGGUUGGGGCAGGUCAUUCAUCCGAAUGCAUAUGAAUUGGGGAACUCAUAAAAUACGUACGAUUUAGCAAAAAUUUGCCAUCUCAUAAAAUAUGUACGAAUUGCCGUGAGAUCGGGUUGAAAGGUGUGGCCUCUCUGUAAUAAACACAGAGUAUAUGUGAUUGCAAAUCUCGAAAGUGAAAGUAAAACGCGAACGUGCAUUCAAAAGCUAUUUUAAUGCCCUGCAUAAUAAUAGCAGCUACAGUGUAAUUAUCCAACGAUAUAACUGUGAGAGAUAGCAUUGAGAUAUAUUUUUCCUCCCAUCGCGUAUUUAUUAAUUUCCUUUCCAAACACGGUAUUCGGGCACAUCCCUACUUGCGACCAACUUUAUCGUGACCAAACAGCUUUCUGUUGCUCAGCUCGGCGAGUUCAUGUGACCAACUUGGACAACAGCAUCUGUGAACUUUUCUUUUUUUUUUUAAGAUUUAUUUUUGCCAUUUUCGCUUUUAUUAUGAUAGGACAGAUCAGAGUUGACAGGAAGCGAAUUGGGAGAGAGAAAGGGGCGGGUCAGAAAAGGUUCCCAAGUCGGGAUUCGAACUCGGGACACUCGUAGAACAACGGCGCUAUAUGUCAGUGCACUGCCCACAAGGCUGUUGGUGCCAACCUGGAACAUUUUAACAAGAGCAAAAUCUGCAUAGGGACACCUUUUCACCCUUGUGCACAACUCCCAAUCACGCAGAAUGGAUUCGCAAAAUUUUGCUAAAGUGACCACACCCUAAAGCCUGAAAUAUACUCUACUUAAAUGCGCAAAUGUGAGUGCUUGCAAUGCAUUGCAAAUGCCAUAGGGAAGGACGGUGAGUUUCCUUCAAACAUCUGUCUUAACCAAAUCCAGGUAGCUGGCUACAAACAUGUCAACAAUUUAAAUAUAAAAUGUAUCAUUUUUGCACGCCUAGCGCAAAAUUCUCUUCAAACUGUCGCUCCGCCAUAACAGUAGUUUAGCUGAAACAGAACAAUGACAGUAGAAGACAAUGUUUACAUUUAUUGCCUACUAUAGCGCCCAUUGUGGCAAUGCUGACGUAUUUCAUACAACGAUGCAUGAAAUCAAACUAGAUUUGGUGUUUAUGUACUUAUGUAGAGUAUGUUUUGGGCUCAUUGUCAGCACAACAAGGUUCUUGAAUGCUAGACUGUUCAAACAAAUAAGCUACACUCUAUGUGUCGAGAAGUAACUAAAGCACAUUGUAGGGAACAACAUGCAUUUUAGUUCAGUUAACAGCUCGCUGUUAAUGCCAUUAUUACAAAAUGCACAGCAACGACAAUCUGCCUUUUAAAGCCAACAGCACCAAACACCCACUUAAUGAUCUAAGCCAACGGCAUAUGCACAAACACACCUUCGGAAACACAAUAAAUAAGUGUUUGAGAAUAGAAACAGAUUUAGCAGUCUCCCUAUAAUGGUGUCUUGAGAUAUUUUUAGGGUAUUUACAGGGUUGCUAAUUAUUCUACUUCUAUUUUUAGCAUGAUUACAUUUAGUAAUACAGCACAGAUCUUAUUAGUGUUAACUUUAAGAUAUUAAUUGUGCGUACCUCACUGCAUUAGUUGUGUAGGAGGUGAUGUGUGAACAGAUUUUGGUGGUUCGUAUGGUGAAUAUUGUUGGUUAUUUUUCACUCAUUAUGGUCAGUUUCAUCCUUGUCAAAGGUAACUUGCACUGCUGUAGCACAUACAUGCAAACCUUUUUAUAAAUGUUUACAGGGUCUUCAGCAUUUCACGGUAGCAUCAAGUACUUUGUUUUUAAAAAACCCUUGAAAUCAAAAAUUGGGAGUUUUGAGACUUUUUUUAAAAAAACAUUAAAGACAAGUUAUUCAAAUGUCUUGCCCCAAUGUGCUUUUUCAAUAAGGAUUACAUCAAAACAGGACCGAAAACUCCACUCUACAAAAAAUUUCAAGGGGUUUUUAAUGUUACGCUAAUAAGAUACUGAGUGUGUUUACUGUGCAUGCACAACAGUUCAGCUCAUUUUAAAAUCCCGGCAAUGCAAGAAACUUUUACAUGAGGUUUACAUAUACACUACCAGUCAAAAGUUUUUGAACAGUGAGAUUUUUUUUUAAAAUUUAAGAACUCUCUUCUGCUCACCAAGCCUGCAUUUAUUUGAUCCAAAGUACAGCAAAAACAGUAAAAUUCUGAAAUAUUUUUACUAUUUAAAAUAACUACUUUCUAUUCAAAUACAUUUUAAAAUAUAAUUUAUUCCUGUGAUUUCAAAGCUGAAUUUUAAGCAUAAUUACUCCAGUCUUCAGUGUCACAUGAUCCUUCAGAAAUCACUCUAAUAUGCUGAUUUGCUGUUUAAAAAAAACAUUUAUUAUUAUUAUGUUAAUAACAGCUGAGUAAAAUUUUUUCAGGUUUCUUGAUGAGUAGAAAGUUCAGAAAAACAGCAUUUAUCAAUUUAAAGCAUCCUUGCUAAAUAAAAGUACUAAUUUUUAUCAUUUCUUCAAAUCAGCAUAUUAGAAAGAUUUCUGAAGGAUCAUGUGACACUGAAGACCGGGGUAAUGAUACUGAAAAUUCAGCUUUGAUCACAGGAAUAAAUUACAUUUUAAAAUAUAUUAAAAUAGAAAAGAGACUUUAAAAAACAUAAAAAAUCUUACUGUUCAACAACUUUUGACUGGUAGUGUAUAUACACGUGCAUACACUAAAUAAAACCGCCAAGCUUGUGGCUUAAACAGUUUAUGACCUUCAGCUGAUAAAGGAAAACCAUUUGUGUGUUUACAUGACCUUACAGGCUGCUGGGUUAUUAAACAUAAUCAGUGCAAGACUGUGCAAGUAAACACACUCAUUGUCAGUACAGAGUUCAGAGAUGCAGUAUUUUGAAUGGAAAUAAAGUUGAAAGCCUUUAGGGAAGUCAUCAUAGCUAUGGCCAGUAUCAUUAAAUGAUGUUUACUUUUUUCUAUUAUGAUAUUUCCACUUGGCCAUUUGCUCUCAUUUUGUUAGGAUAAUGUGUCUUGAAUGCACAUAGCAAUAAAAUGAAGCACUGUAAUGUAUGAUUUUCUACAAUGCUUGUACGUUUGUGGUUUUGCCAUUAAAUGAACUUUGUCUCCUG